AUGGCAGGACCAGGGCCAAGGGCUGAGGAGACAAUGCCAGGCAGUGACAGGGACGAGACCCGGGUGGACGCCGUGUGCGCCUACAGCAAGGAGCCCUCGGCUGCGCCUUUGGACAGGGUGGGGCUGUACCACCAAGUGAGCAACAAGACCAGAGGCAUCACCCAGCUGGGCCCCUACAGCCUGGACAAGGACAGCCUCUACGUCAACGGAUACAACGAACAGCCAGUGCUGACCACUCCCACCCAUCCAACAACGACAGCUGCCGCCCUCGAGCGUUUCACCGUCAACUUCACCAUCACCAACCUCCCCUACACUUCCGACCUGGAGAAUCCUGACUCAGCCAAGUUCAGAGCUACACAAAGGGUCAUGAACAUGCUCCUCGACCGCCUGCUGAAGGAAAGCAGCAUUGGCCCUGUAUUCCAAAGAUGUGAGACAACAGAUUUAAGGCCAGGCAGUGACAGGGACGAGACCCGGGUGGACGCCGUGUGCGCCUACAGCAAGGAGCCCUCGGCUGCGCCUUUGAACAGGGUGGGGCUGUACCACCAAGUGAGCAACAAGACCAGAGGCAUCACCCAGCUGGGCCCCUACAGCCUGGACAAGGACAGCCUCUACGUCAACGGAUACAAUGAACAGCCAGUGCUGACCACUCCCACCCAUCCAACAACGACAGCUGCCGCCCUCGAGCGUUUCACCGUCAACUUCACCAUCACCAACCUCCCCUACACUUCCGACCUGGAGAAUCCUGACUCGGCCAAGUACAAUGCUACACAGUCAGUCACAGCCGCCUUGCUCGACCGCUUGCUGAAGGAAAGCAGCAUUGGCCCCAAUUUCCAAGGAUGUGUGACAACAGCUUUCAGGCCAGGCAGUGACAGGGACGAGACCCGGGUGGACGCCGUGUGCACCUACAGCAAGGAGCCCUCGGCUGCGCCUUUGGACAGGGUGGGGCUGUACCACCAAGUGAGCAACAAGACCAGAGGCAUCACCCAGCUGGGCCCCUACAGCCUGGACAAGGACAGCCUCUACGUCAACGGAUACAACGAACAGCCAGUGCUGACCACUCCCACCCAUCCAACAACGACAGCUGCCGCCCUCGAGCGUUUCACCGUCAACUUCACCAUCACCAACCUCCCCUACACUUCCGACCUGGAGAAUCCUGACUCAGCCAAGUUCAGAGCUACACAAAGGGUCAUGAACAUGCUCCUCGACCGCCUGCUGAAGGAAAGCAGCAUUGGCCCUGUAUUCCAAAGAUGUGAGACAACAGAUUUAAGGCCAGGCAGUGACAGGGACGAGACCCGGGUGGACGCCGUGUGCGCCUACAGCAAGGAGCCCUCGGCUGCGCCUUUGGACAGGGUGGGGCUGUACCACCAAGUGAGCAACAAGACCAGAGGCAUCACCCAGCUGGGCCCCUACAGCCUGGACAAGGACAGCCUCUACGUCAACGGAUACAACGAACAGCCAGUGCUGACCACUCCCACCCAUCCAACAACGACAGCUGCCGCCCUCGAGCGUUUCACCGUCAACUUCACCAUCACCAACCUCCCCUACACUUCCGACCUGGAGAAUCCUGACUCGGCCAGGUUCAGAGCUACUCGAAGAGUUAUGAACACUCUGCUCGACCGCCUGCUGAAGGAAAGCAGCAUUGGCCCUGUUUUCCAAGGAUGUGAGACAGCAGACUUCAGGACCUUCUCCCUGACACCUUCUCUCUUAGAGCCGCCCCUCAUUGCCAGCACUCACAUCUUGGGGUGCUGA